GCACUCUCCUUCAGUUCAAGUCCGUCUACGUCUUCUCCUAUUGGAAAAGCAUCGUUCCCGUAAUACUUGUAUGUGAAUCGGUGUACAUAAUACGGUACAUCUUCAUUGUACCGACCAGCCCCAUUCAGACGAGCAGUAGAAUCCAUCAGUCAAUUUCGUGGAAGACAAGCAACCACAGGAAAAUGUUUGUUUUUGAUUCUUGAAAAAAACCAUGGAUUCCAUUCCGGUUAUGUAUCCAAAAUAAUAAAGUGCACUGACUGGACUUACUUGCAGCCUUGAUUCAGGACUAAUACCAAACGAUUGAUCACUAUCCAGAAGAACGCCUGCAUCAGCUUCUUCAAGCCGAUUAUAUGACAUUUGCUUCCCUCGUCCCACUCUCGGACCAUCCUUACUAGGCACAACCGUCGCAAACCAGCACCACUACCACCACCACCACCACCGCCAUGAUCCAGGACUACGGACCGGUGACUCAGGCUCUGCUGGGAACUCUGCUAACGUGGGGCCUAACGGCGCUCGGCUCCGGUAUGGUCAUAUUCUUACGGGGCAACCAGCGCAAGUCGCUGGACAUCUCGCUGGGGUUCGCAGCGGGAGUCAUGAUUGCGGCCAGCUUCUGGUCCCUGCUAGCACCGGCCAUCGAACUGGCCGAUAGUUCGAAGAUGUAUGGCAGCAAGGGUGAGUUUGCGUUCAUACCGGUAGCGAUCGGGUUUCUGCUGGGAGCGAUCUUCGUCUACGGGACAGACAAGGUGAUUUCCUUCCUCGGGAUCAACAGUCCGACGAUGAUGAUUGCUUUGACUCACGCCAACAAGGACAAAGCGGAUAUUGCGAUCGACGAUCAAGUUUCGUCGCUAGAGCACGGCAGAAGCUCCUACGCGGGUAUUGCUCCGAAUCCUCAGGACAGUUCGUUAGCAAUCGGUAUGGACAGUUUCGCCGAUUGCCUGAAUGCGCAGCACGGUAGUAUUUCAAGAAAACGCAGAAAGGGAAGUGAAAUGUGCAAAGAGCAAUCUCUGUAUACAAAUAUAAAUCAAAGUCAGAUCGAUGCCCAGCUUUCCCAGUGGAAACGAAUCAUGCUACUGGUAGUUGCUAUAACCGUACACAACAUUCCAGAAGGAUUGGCCGUCGGUGUUAGCUUCGGUGCUAUUGGAACAACAGAAUCGGCAACUUUUGAGGCUGCGCGUAAUUUGGCUAUCGGUAUUGGGAUUCAGAAUUUUCCGGAAGGAUUAGCCGUUAGUCUACCACUGCACGCGGCUGGGUUCAGCCUCGGCAAGAGCUUCUGGUAUGGUCAGCUGUCGGGUAUGGUUGAACCGAUCUUUGGAAUCCUCGGUGCAGUUGCUGUUAGCCUAGCAACAAUAAUUUUACCCUAUGCCCUUUCGUUUGCGGCCGGAGCUAUGAUCUACAUCGUGGCGGAUGAUAUUCUGCCCGAGGCACAUGCUAGUGGAAACGGUCAAUUAGCCACCUGGGGAUCGAUCGCUGGUUUCGUGGUGAUGAUGUGCCUGGAUGUUGGGCUAGGAUAAACAUCUUAUUUUAUUCCUUCUUUCCUACAAUCAAGAUAAACCGAUGUGAUUCGACUGGGAUGUACUUCAAUCGAGUAAGUAUUAAUUGUAUUCGUUAGAAAUGCUUAUAGUGGGAGAAAAAAAUCACGUCUCAUGGAUUUCCAUGAAAGAUAGUACUAGAUAAAAACAUUACAAGCACCUAUACAUGUAAUGUAAAUUUUGGACAGAAGCAAAACGCUAAACGUUUUCUUUCUCUUUUAACCUAGUUUACUUAGUUCGCUGUACAAAUACAUUUUAUGACAAAUAGUUAAA